GCGUUGUUCAUUUUCUUUCCUUGCGCGAUCGAACACGGAGCGGAGCAGCGAAUUGGAAAUUCGGAUUGUAAUCAGUUUUCACGACCAGCAGCAGCAGCAGCGACUCAGCGUCGAAACGCGUCGUCGUCCCGUAGCGUGUAGAGUCAGCUCCCGAAGCGUGUAACUCAACGUUACGAAGGCACCCAGACCCAAGACCGCAAGACGACAUGCAAGUGAAUAUCGAGAAGUACUAAAGAACAUUUACCAUCCAGCAAACGUUGCUAGCACCAUCGUAGCCGUCCGUGGAACGUGCAGUGAGGCAAAGUGGCAUUACUGGCAGUGACUGGCUGAAAGGAGGAACCAAUUCGGGUACAAUCGCUAAAACGUGCGUGAGUGAGAAAAUCGAAGUGUGAGACAUUUUCGGGACCCUGUCCUAUUGGAAGAGUGUGUUUCUGUGUUGUCGUCCUAACUCGGUUUGGAAAGAAGUAUAUCGUUUAGUUCAGUUGGCACUCUGUGAACUGUGAUUUCUUCGGUGACUGAUUUUGCAAAGACGCCUCGACAACAAACGACGGUAACAGUGUUGCCGGUCGAAGCCAAUAAAAUAGGACUCUCGAGAACCCGUUAAAAGACAGAUACAUCCAUCACAAUGGUGUCCACACGACAAAUGACUGGUGCAACAUCGGAAGAGUCGUGUCUUCAUUUAUUCCGCACCACCGGACCAUCUGCAUCGUCGUCUUCCUCAGCCAAUAUUGGGGCGGCAUCAUCAACCACCAGCAGCUCCAGCAGCAAGGGAGCCACGGCACCAGGCGGUGGUGCGCUACAGAACAGCAGCAGCAAUCACCCGUUGCCAAAUCAGCCAUCCGCUGGGACCGAGUUAAGACAGCUAAACCUGAUGGACCUGCCCACGGAGCUGCUGGAUCAUAUAUUAUCCUAUGUGGGCUACAAACAGAUUGGCCAUAUGCGAGGGAUAUCACAUCAGAUGAACCAGGUGUGCAGUUCGAAAUUAAACUCCACUUUUCAAAAGCUGCAAAAUCAAAUGCAAACACGCUUUCACACCGUCAAAGCAAAGAUGCCCCGAAGAGAAUCGGCGCGACGGAACCAUCCACUGGCAUACGAAUGCGAUAUCCUGGAGACGUGUUACAUGCGCCUCUCGUUACUGCAAAUGACGUUUGGUAAACAUAUCGAAAGGAAGCACUGUUGUUUUUUCCCCGGCGCGAUUCUGGACGAGGUAUAUUCCGUAAUAAGUUACAUUCGCACAACACCGGCACUAGAUCGUCCGUUCAAGGUAACCGACGAGCUAUUCGAUCUCUCUACUAUGGCUAUGGAGUACUUCAAGGAGCACAUAGAACCAAAUUUACCUGAUAUUGCUUAUUUCACCAAGAGUACAAAGUCUUUUGCGGCCCUGGAGACCUCGUCUUCGCUACUGUCUCGCGAUACAUCACACUCGAGCUCAUCCUCCCCACCGCGGAGCAAUAUGGUACUCCGGAAGGGUAUCCGAAAGAUAAAGCAGGGCAUGAAGCGGUAUAAUGAUCAACUGUCCGUGUUACGAGGUGAGGUGCGCACGUUUAAACGUAAGUCUACCGAACAGGCCAAAACAAUUACCGAACAGCAGAAGCUGCUGACGGAGCAGCAAAAACAAACGUUGGAGUUUGCGAAUCGGCUCGAUGAAACGGACAAAAAAAAUGAGGAAUUAUCACGAAAGUUUUCGACGGUUCUGCAGGAAUUAAACAAAUGCAAGACCGAGUUGCAAUACUGGCGUUCGAAUAGUCCCGCUGUGACGAGCUGCAAUCCAUAUGGUGCGGCUACGGAGUCGGAGGAGCUAAAUGAGCUGGUCAGCGACCAAAACGAGACACCAAACGACGAAGUUGCGCUGCUUGCGAUGGGUAUGAACGAAGGCGACACCAGCUUAGACUCCGCCACAGGCGAUAAUCGGGAAAAGGGGGUAUCACAUCUUGGAGACAAUCAUCCCUCAACAACGACGACGGUAGCAGCAACAGCAGCAGCACUGCUCGUCCCUAUCGAGACACACCAACCUUCUUCUCCCAAGUUGGGGCAAAAGCGAAAAUACGAAUGUCUCGUGGCGGAUGAUGAGCUGGGCGCGAAAGAUUCGGCAUGCGUGAAUCCACCGUUUGCGUCGGCUCCAUUAGCUUCCUUGGUUGCUUCGUAUUCGUCGUCGGCAACAAACGGUAACGCCUUGGUUGCACCUGUAGCUUCGACAUCAUCCACGGGAACGGUCGUACUGUCAAAAACAUCCGCGGCCGAACUCACGGAAUGUGGGCAGAAGUCAAGCGAUCAAUCGUCGUUAGACACCGGGUUGCCAACUGUUGUUACUUCGAAUGCCGGUCACUCGAUCAACGAUGGAAUAUCUGCAGUAACCUUACCAUCGUCUGGAACGGUUGGUACGGUUGCAACAGUAACUUUAUCAUCUCCCGUAUCAUUAUUGGCUACGGAAGCAACAAACACUCACACGGCAUCACCUCCUCCGGCUGCUCACCCAGCACAACAUACCAAUCAUUUUCUCACUUUGGCCGCUGGUGGUAAUGGCAACAAUAGUAGUGUUAGCAAUAGUGUUAGUAGCAAGCAUAGUAGCGCUAGUAAUGAGAACACUAAUCAUAACAAAAAACUACGGAGAGUACAAAACAAAGCUAGAUCACAAAGUAAUAAUCAUAUUAAUCUUAAUGCUAUGAGUUCGGCAACGAACGUUAAUACAAAAACAACUAGAAGUAAACAAUCAGAAAAGUAAUAGGAAUGGGUUUGCAGUAUACAUACAUUUAUAUAUACACAGUAUAUAUCUGGUUGUUUGAUUGGCGGCUUUUAAAAAGUAUCUGCUGCAGAAACCGAAUGGUCAGAAAAGCAAGACGAAAACAACAGUCAUUGAUCUACUCAUUGAGGAAUUUGCCAGCAAAAAAAGUAGUAGUCGUCCUAGUUAAUAUGGAGAUUGUAGAACGUUCAAUCUAUUUCACAAACCUGAAGCAAGCAGUUGCUGGCAGCGCAGGUACGGCCAUUGGCACUUCAAUCGAAUCUGUCUGCAGGAAAACAAAGACAUUUUUUUCGUUCUUUGCCAUAAUUGUGCGCAAAGUUAGUGGAGACAAUAGGACCCGUUUUUUUAUUAUUGGGAACCGUUAACAACAUCAGUCCUAUACCAGAUUGUAUGGUAAUUGGCCAGUUAACAUCUUUCGAAUUGUUGCUAAGAGCGUCAUUGUUGCCAGUCUUUGGUCCUAUCCUUAAUAUACGGCGAAACCCGAAAUGAACGUUGGAAUGAAUUUAAGCUGCUACAUAAAUAAAACGGUAAUGUUGUCAAGUUCAUUCAACUGUCUGCAAUUUUGCAAUUUUUCAAAUCUGCAUAUAUUUUUUUGGCCAUUGGUUCUACUAGAAACAAGUUGUCAGUUUUAGACGGCCGAUAUCAAGUUCGUUCGCAGCGCGCUAGAAGUUGUGAUUGUGGUAGCUAUUCGCACUUUUCGAUUUCAAGCAUUUGAUUUGAUUAAAAUGUUUCUUCUCUGAGCGAGCUGCGCGAACUUUACGUGUACGAACAAAAUCGUCGAAGCAGAACACUCUGGGAGAGACAGUAAAACGCACCUAUUUUUUAUUCGAAACACUUUAUGUACUAAUGUUAUGAUUACGCAUGUCACCUAGUUUUCUAGCGCCCCUCAUAAUAAAUAGUUAGUGCGAUAUGAGUUUUCAUUGUUAUUGAGCGUAAGAAGUUUUCGAUUUUAACUUUGCCCAUUGACCCACCGAGUAAACAACUUGUAUCAUUUCGUUCUUACUCAUCUGCUUUUCGAUCAUCUUCAACUGGUGCUAGGGUACGUCAACUUCAGCCAUUUGUACGAGUACAUAGUGACGCCUUUUACCUACAUGCUUAAAGGAUUCCGGAACAGGUCAGGUCAAUUUGGCACAAGCUGCCACCGUACUAAAUUUAAUGAAAGUUGAUAAACAACAAUGCCUUGCAAGCUACUACAAAUCGUUUCCACUGGAACUUAAAUUGACCGUGUCGGUGUCGUUGAUUAAUCAUACAAGCUGCAGGGCCAUCCAAUUGCCGAACACGAUUUCGUUCUACAGAGGUGUUUCGUUUGGAAUUCUCACUUGAAAUUGCUUUCAAUGGAGUUCGCCGGGUAAUAAAAUUAGCGCAGCACCAAUGGCAAGGGAAACAGUUUCAUAACAACAAAUAACACGAUGAAUGGUUGCAACAAAGCAGAGCUGAAUUUAUACUUUCUUAAAUAUAACAUACCAAAACACAAAACACACACACACACCCACACCCUUAUCUACAAAUACCAUCAACACUCAACUAGACACAACAUUCACACACGAGUAUAAAGAACUAUUCACAAGUGCAAAUAUACACCCACUCAUCCGUGCGAAAGAUGCAAUUGUCUAAUUAUUAUUUUUGUAGUAGAUGCUAGUUUUGUAAGCAAAAAUAAAACAAAAAACUAAACAAAUUGAAUAUAUCCCUUUAAAACAGUAGUAGAGUCGAGUAGGAUACCCUCUUUAAAGUAAAAUGAGCUGGUGAUAAUCGACAUGCAUGUGUGUGUGUAUGUAAUCGAAAACAUAAAUGUUAUACUAAAAGUGACGAGCCAGCAGUACAUGCGGAACGAGUUUCGAUUUCUGCUGAGAGAGAGAGAGAGAGAGAGAGGUGUAAAACAAACACAUGAAAUGCCUAACAAAAAAUUAACAAACAACAAUACCGAUCAAAGGAUGAUCCUGUUUUCCAAAACGCUCUUUACCCUCACACUUUACAUUCGCUGCGCAAACGACGGCCACAGACUUGAGGUAGGCAGGAAGCGAAAAAUCAAAAUUUUUACAUUUUAGUAUUCGGAAAGUAAUCGAACAAAACUCUACAGAAAGCGAAAAAGAGAAAUCGAAUGGGGUGAUACUGUUCUCUGAUAAGAUGGUCUCUUCUCACGAAAAUACAAGGCUCCUCGUUGCAUUAUAUCAAAUUAUAGGAUGGAGCGAUAACGGAAACACCACACAAAACCGGAAACAAAUUAAAACGCUAAGAAUGCAACUCUUUUAAACCAUAGCCCACAUUUUUACUGCGAAUGGAACCGAGUGUGAUCAAUUCACAACACAAACCUAUCCAAGCACGAGAGGAAAGGCAAGAAGCUGUAGUUCGACAUAUUUUGUAACAUAAACGUGUUAAAGAGCGGUUCCCUUAUCGAACCCGCGCCUUGCCGCGGGUUCCGGUUCCGGUUCCGUGCAUCAUAAGUAGUGUUUCUCUUUGUCCGGCAUAGCAAAACAGCAGUAGAACAACCAACCAACCAAUUGUACAGUGUGGCAAGGUAGCGUAUAUUAGACGUGUGUAGUGAAAAACGUAACUAUUAAAGAAAGCAUGAACAUUGCAACACUGGAACCUGUAUAAACCCUCCAUUAAAACGCGAUAAACACAUAAACUAAAAAUCAGAACGCUAAAACCUAUGACAUUAGCGUGCGCAUUUCAAUAGCGUCGUGAUUUCUUUCCGUUCCAGUGUUACGAUCGCUAUUUUAUAUCAUUGUAUUCCCAGUUCGUAACUCUUGUUCUACGUUCAAUCUUUUUGAAACGUACCAGUUAACGCCGGUUGCGCAAUACGCAGACUACCAUAUCCUAUACGCGUUGCGCAACUGCGGAUCGUUGCGAGCUGAACUGCACACUCCUAUCGACCAACUUCAGUAGAAUCGAGCGUCGUUAUGUCGUUAUUUUAAUUGCCCCGAAACGAAGGUUAGAGGAAUGCAUAGCCAAGGGAACCAUUUUUUCUAGCAAAUGUUUCACACCCGUUGAAAGUCAUGCUUUAAUGCACCGUGUAAGCGGCAACCAACCCAAUCCUGGCAAAAAGAAAUCAAAAAGGAUUCAAGGCAAAAUGAGCCAUCGACACGACGCGUACGUAAUAUUACGGGUGUCAACUUCAGGCAUUUUCGAUAUGAUUGAUAACUUCUAAGGAAAUUUUACGAUGGCGCAUGAAAACAGAAUAAUAGCACGCGAUUAAAUAAACAUUUCCUAGCUUCUUUAGUAGUUCAUAUAAGAAAAAAAACAGGUCAAUAAUGUUUAUGAUGUACAAAAUGAGAGCAAACAAACAGCAGCCAAUCUCCGUCUCUUCAAGCUACGCAAUGCAAAUGGUAGUGAGUGAUCCAACAUGCUUUAUGUUUCCUGCGCGUUACGAAAUGCUUUCAAAUUGUCUCAUUUUUCCAUCACCAGCAAUAGUUUAUUCAGUGCGAACAUUUGCUCGUCGCUGGUUGGUUUUGGACGAAGGAGAACGUUCGUGAACAGUGAAUUUUAAUCCUUUAAUCUGUUACGAAAUUAGUAGAACAUAUUUUUAAAAUAUUGCAAGCUUAGACCAAAACCGAGCAAAAAAAAAACACAAAGCAAAACCAACAUUCUGUAUGUUUCUCGUUGCACAACGCGUACUGGAUCACAGCGGAUUAGAGCGGGAUGAGCGAUAUACAAUAUAACGGGAUGAGCGGGAAACAAUAUAACAACAAAAGGAAAGCGAGCGAGAGAGAGAGAGAGGAAGUAAGAGAGAAAGAAAACGAAGGCGAAAGAGUGAU